CAUGACUGGUCACAAGGCUGGAGCCAAAGGUCACACAACCGUCCGCCACAAACGCUGAAGAUGCUGCAAGCUCCAGGCGUGCUCCUGCUGCUCUGUCUCGGGGCGACAAAUGCUCUCUACAAGCAGUGGAUUCCUGAUACCAACUAUGAGAAUAAGACCAACUGGGACAAGGGAAAGGUUCCGUGUGGCAAUGACGUAGUUGUGUUUCCAGCUCAAGGAAAAGUCUCGGUGUUUGUGGAGACCACGCAUGCUGUGCAGGAGAUGAGGCUGCCGGUCGACGGGGAGCUCAUUCUGAAUUCAGGUGCUGGUUUUUAUGUUCUCAGUGGAAAGGACCCGGCGUGCGGUGCAGGUGCCACCGUCCAGUUCCAAGACUCGGAGUCUCUGCAGUGGUUCAACCCAGCUAUGUGGCAAGCAGCUGCCACUCAGAACGACUUUCAGCUUGGAAAAUUCCUGUUCUCCGUCCACGAGGAGAGCGUCCCCUGUCAGCAAGACGACGUGGUUUUCAAAGCCCUCUCCUCCUUCAGAGUGGACACCACCUCCAGCCAGUCUACCAUCCCUGUGACGUCUGUCUCUGUGCUGGGGAAAUCAUUUAACAGCAAAUCAGAGUUCUCUGAAUAUCUGAGUACCCGCACGGGCCAAAUGCAGUUUCACGGAUCCUCAGCGGUCACUGUUGGAAACCCAGGAUGUGGGGAUCCUUCUGGCUGUGACUGUGGCAACUCUGUAAACCAUCAGCUCAUCUGUAGCACUGUACAAUGUGCCACUGUGAGCUGUAAGCAGCCACUCUCCCCGAUGGGACACUGCUGUGAGGUGUGCGGCGCCAUUGUUACCAUCCAGUACACCGUCGGUUUCAAUAUGCAGACUUACAGGGAACGGAUUCACCAUCUUUUCCUUAUUCUGCCAGAAUAUAGGUCCAUCCAGCUGGGAGUCUCUAAAGUCUUCAAGUCCCAGAAGUUGCUGGGGGUGAUUCCUUUCAGCACAACACCUGAGAUCCAGGUAGUAAUUGUGGAUGGGGAGGAAGGGAAACUCUCAGAGGCUCUGGCUCAGAACAUAAUGACAGACAUUCGUUCUCAUGGCUCAGAACUGGGAAUCACAGAGAGUGAAUUUCAAGCAUCUUCUGGAAAUAGCAGCGAUCCGUCUGGAGGCAAUGCAGGGAUGGUGGCUGGUAUUGUCAUUGCAGUUUUAGUACUGAUUGCCCUUGUUGCCGUUGGAGUUGUGUUGAUCCAAAAGGGGGUUGUUCGGCUUCCACCCAUGCCUACGAUCCCAAUGCCAUCUCUGAGCAGCUUUAAAGGAAACACGGAUGUUGGAGAUCUUGGCGGAACUAUUGACCGUGGCUUUGACAACCCAAUAUUCGACCAUCCGGACAUGCUGUCUAACAAUCCCGGUCUAUAUGGGACUGAAAGCCAGUCAAUCUCUAUGAGACAGACAGGCGUGCACUUUAUAAAUCCAGUGUAUGACGAAAACGAAUCCGAUUUUACAGUGUAAAGAUCUUUUCUAAUGUGAUUCUAAUGCAUUUUGGAAUUAGACGGUUUUUCUUUGCACCUCAUGAUUCACAACAAUUCGUUUUUAACUCCUGGCACGUAAAGCUUUUAAUGAUCAAAUAAACUUGCGAGACAAAUACCAGAACAAGUGGCAGUAUGAGUUCUUGAUUUGCUGUCGCCAUCACAUUUAAGGGCAGUAAAGCUGCAGUAAACCUGCCACACCUGCUGCUUCACUGGGCUGUUUUGCAGGUGUUGCACAAUCAUAAUUUACUGUGACAAAUCUUCUUUAUGUACAAUACAUUUAUGUAACUUAAAAUACAGUCAAUUUUAUAGUUUGUUUGAGUUUUUUUAGAGUAAAGGCAGCUGGGAAAUGUUUGAAAAUGCAUCAAUUUGAAAUACACAGAUGAACCGAGCUGUCUUUAUUUGACAGACUGUCACAUUUAAGGGAUCAGUUCACUUCAUAAAGUACGGGGGUUUUUAAACAUCUACUGAAUUCUCACAGAUAAUUAAGAUAAAUUUAUGGGGAUGUUGUCUCUACACCAGCAUGUCAGCAAGAUAAAACCUUGAAGGUUUCUUUUCCUGCACUAG